GCAGAGAAAGCCAUUCUCACUCGUACCAUUUUAGAAGGAAAUAUGGCAAAUGAAAUCGGCUUUGUUGUUUUGAGUGUGUUGGAGGCGUUUUGUAUCCACUUCAAAACACAACUGGAACAAGAUAAUGGAGAUAAUGUUCUUAUGAGAAAAGUAUCCAGCCUUUUAGUACUAUUCUUGCAAAUUGGUCAAUCGGAAUUUCUGCUAGAACAUGUUUUUGCUGCUAUUAGAUCGUUUAUAAACAAGUUUCCUGUCGUUUUAUUUCGUGGGACGUCGUCGUUUUGUGCCACAUUAUGCUAUGAGAUUUUACAGUGUUGUAAAUCAAAGUUAUCUACCGUUAGACAACAGGCUAGUUUAAUAUUAUAUCUUCUAAUGAGAAGCAAUUUCGAAUAUACUGGGCGGGAUUUCGUUCGCGUGAAUUUACAGGCUACGCUGGCUAUCUCAAGGAUCAUAUCUGGCGUUUCUGGGAAUACUGAUGAAGGUUUAAUAAAGUCUUCGCUAAACCAGAUAUCAUCAUUAGUUAAUUCUGACGAAGGAAUGAAACAAACCCUGUUUCCGAGCCAAGUCUACAACCUGUUAAAGCGUUUAAGGACAGUUUUAGUAGCUAUGAAUAAAAUGCAGAAAUAUAGAGAUGACCCGGAACUUUUAAUAAAACUUCAAUAUAGUUUAGCUCAAUCAUACGUUAAUAAUCCUCAACUUCGUCAGUAUUGGCUGGAACAAAUGUGUUUAACGCACGAGAGUCAUGGAAAUAUAUCAGAGGCUGCCUUAUGUCAAGUGCAUAUUGCUGCGCUUAUUGCGGAGUACAUGCAAAGAAAAAUGAACUAUGAUCAUAGCUGUAGGGUUUUUACUCGAGUUUCAAAUAAUAUAGUAGAAGAAGAAAAUUUACAAGAAGAUAAAGCAGCGGAAGACGUAAUUGGCUAUACUGAGGAUUUAUACGUUGAAAUGAUGGAAAAAUGUGUAAAAUUAUUAACAAUCGCUGAACGUUAUGAAUUGGUUGCUGAAAUUUACCGAUUAUUAUUACCAAUUUACGAACGCCAACGACAUUUUCAACAAUUAGCCGAUGCUCAUGGUCAAUUACAUGAAGCUUACAAGAAAAUUGUAGAAGUUAUGUCUAGCGGUAACCGAUUUUUAGGAACUUAUUAUCGUGUUUCAUUUUUUGGUCAGGAAUUCGAAGAUGAUGGUGGCAAGGAGUAUAUUUAUAAAGAGCCUAAAGUUACAGGCUUAUCUGAAAUUUCGCAGCGGCUAAGUGCAAUGUACGGAAAGAGAUUUAAUAAAGAAGUAGCGAUUAUUCAAGAUUCGGGACAGGUUGAUACAAAAACGUUGGAUGAAAAAAAAAUAUAUAUACAAGUGACCUUUGUUAGUCCUUACUUUGAAGAAGAGGAGCUGGAAAAUCGAAUAACUGAAUUCGAACGUUCAACUAAUCUACAUCGAUUUAUGUAUGAAACACCUUUUACUUUGAGUGGUAAAACUCACGGAGCUCUAUCGGAGCAAUACAAACGAAAAACAGUCUUAACCACUUCGCACUUCUUCCCAUACAUUAAGAAACGUCUAUUAGUCGUCCAAAGAGAACAAUUUGAACUGACGCCUGUGGAGGUUGCUAUCGAUGAGAUGCAAAAUAAGAUUAGUCAACUCUAUGAGGUUAUAAGAGACCCGCCUGAUAUGAAAAAAUUACAAUUAGUGUUACAGGGUUGCGUCAGUGUCCAAGUUAACGCUGGCCCGAUGGCUUAUGCGAAGACUUUUUUAAGUCCAAAAACUGUUCAUAAUUAUGCACGCCAUCAUGUUGAAAAGCUAAAAUCGGUUUAUCGGUUAUUUAUGAAUUUAUGUGGUGACGCAUUAGAAUUAAAUGGAAAAAUUAUCAAAGAAGAUCAGCGAAAAUAUCAAGAACAGAUGAUUCAUAAUUAUGAUGAGAUGAUCAAAGAUCUAACGGUUGUUUUAGGUGCCGAGGUAUGCCUUAUUUUUAGUCAUGAUUAUUACAUAUUGCAAAAUUAA